GUCGGGGCGGGCGGGGCCGCGCGGCGAAGAUGGAGGAGGAGGCGGGGGGGCGGCGGGGCGCGCGCCGGGCGGCACCGGGGGGACCCCAGGGCUCCCGGGCGGCGCGGGCACAGCCCCGGUGCCCCGGCCGGCGCUGACGGACACGCGCCUCUGCGAGCCCCCCCGGCAGCCGCCGGCCACCAUGGACCCCCAGAGCGACACAGAGGGGGGGUCCGGCCGCGAGCCCCCACUGGAGCUCCUGCCCCGUGUCCCGCUGCACGCUGCCCUGCCCGCCCCAGGUGAGUGGGGCCCGCCCCCCGCGCCCCCAAAACCCCCCGAGACCGCCCCAAACCCGCUGGCACCGACAGCGAGACCGCGGGGGGAGCUGCUGAACGAGAGGGUGCUCAGGUGUGUAAGGGGGAGAGCCCCCCUUGCACAAAUGUGUGUGCAGGACAGGUGUGCAGGACAGGUGUGCAGGACAGGUGUGGCAGGACAGGUGUGGCAGGACAGGUGUGGCAGGACAGGUGUGCAGGACAGGUGUGCCAGGACAGGUGUGGCAGGACAGGUGUGCAGGACAGGUGUGCCAGGACAGGUGUGCAGGAGAGGUGUGCAGGACAGGUGUGCAGGACAGGUGUGGCAGGACAGGUGUGCAGGACAGGUGUGCAGGAGAGGUGUGCAGGACAGGUGUGGCAGGACAGGUGUGCAGGACAGGUGUGCAGGACAGGUGUGCAGGACAGGUGUGGCAGGACAGGUGUGCAGGACAGGUGUGCAGGACAGCUGUGGCAGGACAGGUGUGCAGGACAGGUGUGCCAGGACAGGUGUGCCAGGACAGGUGUGCAGGACAGGUGUGCAGGAGAGGUGUGUAAGACAGGUGUGGCAGGACAGGUGUGCCACGACAGGUGUGCACUACAGGUGUGACAGGACAGGUGUGACAGGACAGGUGUGCAGGACAGGUGUGAUAGGACAGGUGUGCACUACAGGUGUGACAGGACAGGUGUGCAGGACAGGUGUGCACUACAGGUGUGGCAGGACAGGUGUGGCAGGACAGGUGCUCCAGCCCUGCCCCCAGCCCCUCUCAUGUCCCCAUCCCAUGGGACACCCCCAUUCUGCCCACGGGCGCCUCUCUGGGGGUCCUGGGCAGGGAGGGGUUAAACGUCCCCUGUCCCUCCCAGGGUGGGCUGGUGGCCCAAAGCCGCCGCUGGCCCCAGAGUGCCGGGCUGGCACCUCCGGGGGCUAUUCCAGCCCCCCCGAGUGGCGCCCCCUCCUCGGGCUGGGUGCUGACACCCCCCAUUGCACCCCGACACCCAGCGGGGCCCCGGCGGCUUUGGGGGGGCUGCAGGAGCACCCCCAAGCGCCCCCCGGGAGAGGCGACCCCCCCGGGGCUGAACCGGGGGGGCUGCAUGGCUCCGGGGGCCCCGGGGGUGACGGUGACGGUGGCGGUGACGGUGGGGGGUCCGUGGUGACGGUGACGUCCGUGGGUCCGUGCGGGGACGCGUCAGUGCCCGACGUGCGGCCGGGGGAGGGGGCUGGGGGGGUUCAUCGUUACCGAGCACCGGGAGCCCCCCGCCCCCGCCUUCCUGUGCGUGGGGACAGCGCCCCCCGCUCCCCCGGCCCCCGUCCCUCCCUGCUGGGGGGUCUGCGCCCCCCGGGGAUGCCGGGGGAAUGUUCUGGGGGGGGUCGCUGUUGCCUCCCCCCGCAGCACUCGGGCUCCUGCCCCAAACACCCCCCGACUCUCUCCCGUCCUUGGAACGCCCCCAAAGCGCCCCUUAAACGAGCCCCCCCACCCCCAUCACCCUGGGACACCCCCAAACCGCUCUCAGCUCCCCCCCCCAUCCCUGGACCACCCCAAAACUGCGCCUUUAAACAACUCCCGGCCCCCUCCAUCAUUCCCGGGACGUCCCCAUCCCUUUUCCCCCCCGACCCAGCGUGUCCGGCAGGGCCGGAGGGGCCGGAGGGGCCGGGGCCCGAGGCGGGGGUGGACGCGGGGCUGGCGGCGGCGCGGGAGCAGCAGCUGCAGCGGGAGCUGGUGGCCCUGAAGCAGCAGCAGCAGCUCCAGAAGCAGCUGCUCUUCGCCGAGUUCCAGAAGCAGCACGAGCACCUCACCCGCCAGCACCAGGUCCAGCUCCAGAAGCACCUCAAGCAGCAGCAGGAGGCCCUGGCCGCCCGGCGGCAGCAGGAGCUGGAGCAGCAGCGGCAGCGGGAGCGGCAGGAGCUGGAGCAGCAGCGCCUGGAGCAGCUGCAGAGCCUGCGCCCCAAGGAGCGCGGCCGUGACAGCGCCAUCGCCAGCACCGAGGUGAAGCUGAAGCUCCAGGAGUUCCUGCUCAGCAAAACGAAGGAGCCGGGCCCCGGCGCCCCCAACCAUUCCCUCCCCCAGCACCCCAAAUGUUGGGCUCACCACACCUCGUUGGACCAGAGUUCCCCCCCCCAGACCGGCAGCCCGGGGACCCCCCCGUCCUACAAGCUCCCCCUCCUCGGCACCUACGACGGCCGCGAUGAUUUCCCGCUCCGCAAAACCGCCUCGGAGCCCAACCUGAAGGUGCGGUCGCGGCUGAAGCAGAAGGUGGCGGAGCGGAGGAGCAGUCCCCUCCUGCGGCGCCGCGACGGCUCCGUGCUCAGCGCCUUCCGCAAGCGCCACGUGGAGAUCACCGUGUCCUCGGUUUGCAGCAGCGCCCCCGGGUCGGGGCCCAGCUCCCCCAACAGCUCCCACGGUGCCCACAAUGGCCUGGCCGCGUCUGUCCCCAACAUCCACAGCGAGCUCCUGCCCCAGCCCCGUGCCCUGGCCCUGGACGGGGCCCAGCUCAGCCUCUACACGUCCCCAUCGCUGCCCAACCUGUCCCUGGGGCUGCAGGCCACUGUCACCGUCACCAGCGCCCACCUCCCCGUGUCCCCCAAGCUGUCGCCACAGGCGGAGGGCGAGCGGCCGGGGGUGCCCCCGGGGGUGUCCCCGCUGCGCCCCGGGGCCGCCCUCACCGGGAAGUUCCUGAGCACGUCCUCGAUCCCGGGGUGCCUGCUGGGGGUGGCCCUGGACGGGGACGCCCCGGCCGGGCCCCCGUCGCUGCUGCAGCAUGUGCUGCUGCUGGAGCAGGCGCGGCAGCAGAGCACCCUCAUUGCCGUGCCCCUGCACGGGCAGUCCCCGCUGGUGACCGGGGAGCGCGGGGGGGGUCCCCGUGGGAGCAAACUGCCGCGGCACCGGCCCCUGAGCCGCACCCAGUCAUCCCCGCUGCCCCAGAGCCCCCAGAGCCUGCCCCACGGGCCCCUCCAGCACCACUUCCUCGACAAACAGCAGCUCCAGCUGGGCAAGCUGCUCCCCAAAGGGGGGGAGCUGGCACGGCAGCCCCCCACCCACCCCGAGGAGACAGAGGAGGAGCUGACGGAGCAGCAAUCGCCCCCCCCCGGUGAGAGAGGCCCCCCCGGGCCCCCCCUCGGUCCCCCCCUCGCCCUCGUGUCCCCGGAGGCCGGGGACCCCCCGGAGCAGCCACAGGAGCCCGAGGGCUGCCAGGAGCCGGGUGACAGCGGGGACGAGGCCGAGCCCCCUGGGGACCCCGACGUCGCAGAGCUGGGGGUCACCUACAAGCAGGUGUACCCCGAGGCGCCGCUGCAGCUCUUCCCCGCGCCCCCCCUGGGGGUCCUGGCUCUGCCCCACCCCGCCCUCGCCCGCACCCAAUCCUCCCCCGCCAGCGUCAAACCCGCCCAGCCCGAGGGGCCCCCCAAGCACCUCUUCACCACAGGCGUGGUGUACGACACGUUCAUGCUGAAGCACCAGUGCACCUGCGGGAACACCACCAUCCACCCCGAGCACGCCGGCCGCAUCCAGAGCAUCUGGUCCCGGCUGCAGGAGACGGGGCUGCUCGGCAAGUGCGAGCGGAUCCGGGGCAGGAAGGCGACGCUGGAGGAGAUCCAGACGGUGCACUCGGAGCACCACGCGCUGCUCUACGGCACCAGCCCCCUGAACCGCCAGAAACUGGACAGCAAAAAGCUGCUGGGUCCCAUCACUCCGAAGACGUACGCGGUGCUGCCGUGCGGGGGCAUCGGGGUGGACAGUGACACGGUGUGGAACGAGCUGCACUCGUCCAGCGCGGUGCGCACGGCCGUGGGCUGCCUGCUCGAGCUGGCCUUCAAGGUGGCCGCAGGGGAGGUCAAGAAUGGCUUCGCCGUCAUCCGUCCCCCAGGCCACCACGCCGAGGAGUCCACGGCCAUGGGCUUCUGCUUCUUCAACUCGGUGGCCAUCUCGGCCAAGCUGCUGCAGCAGCGGCUCAGCGUGGGCAGGAUCCUCAUCGUGGACUGGGACAUCCACCACGGGAACGGGACCCAGCAGGCCUUUUACAGCGACCCCCACGUGCUCUACAUCUCCCUGCACCGCUACGACGACGGCAACUUCUUCCCGGGCAGCGGCGCCCCCGAGGAGGUGGGCAGCGGGCUGGGCGUGGGCUACAACAUCAACAUCGCCUGGACCGGCGGCGUGGACCCCCCGAUCGGGGACGUGGAGUACCUGACAGCCUUCAGGACCGUGGUGAUGCCCAUCGCCACCGAGUUCUCCCCGGACCUGGUGCUGGUCUCUGCCGGCUUCGACGCCGUCGAAGGCCACCUGUCCCCGCUGGGUGGCUACUCCGUCACCGCCAAGUGUUUCGGGCACCUGACGAAGCAGCUGAUGAUGCUGGCGGGGGGCCGGGUGGUGCUGGCGCUGGAGGGGGGACACGACCUGACAGCGAUCUGCGACGCGUCCGAGGCGUGUGUCACCGCCCUGCUCGGCCUCGAGCUGGAGCCGCUGGACCCGGCGCUGCUGCAGCAGAAGCCCAACGUGAACGCGGUGGCCACGCUGGAGAAAGUCAUCGAGAUCCAGAGCCGGCACUGGGGCUCCGUCCGGCGCUUCGCCGCCGCCGUGGGCCGGUCCCUGCUGGAGGCGCAGCGAGGGGACAGCGAGGAGGCCGAGACGGUGACAGCGAUGGCCCUGCUGUCCGUGGGGGCCGAGCACGGGGGGACAGACCCCCGGGGCAGGCCAGCGGAGGAGCCCAUGGAGGCCGAGCCCACGCUCUGACCAGCCCGGAUCGUCCGGAAAACCGAGGAACACCCAGAAGAGACGAAAAACUCACACACAAAAAAAAAAUCACAGUAAAAUGAGAAAAAAAAAAAUCCAAA